AUGUAUGGCGGUGUGGGAAUCAUGACGCCCAAGGGCUCGGGCACAAAUGGUUAUGUGCAACGAAAUCUGUCAUUUUUGCCACGGCAGCGCUUGGACUUCCAAGCCCAGAUUGGUCAGAGCUUCAAGAGCAUGACGGGCGAAAAUGCCAUCAAGGUGCGCAAGGCCAACAAUGAACUCUUGAUUCAUGAGCAGAAGAGAAAGGUGGAGAAUGAGCUGCUCAAGCUCGAGGAUGAACUUCUCUCUGCUGGCAUGCCAGAAUCUGAAGUUCAGGCUGCUGUUGGCCGUGAGCGCAAGCACAUGCUCAGGGCUGUGGAGGAUGGUGCCUUGCGCUACGACUCCGAGCUGGAGAAAGCCUCCUCGCACCAGCAGGCCCUUGAGAAGGAGAAGGAACUCUUCAGGUUUGAGAAGGCUGUGGGCAUAGAUACCCGUGGGCGGGUAGUUGGUGCAGCAUUCGACCAAGAGCUGCAGGCCCAGCUGAAGCUGGAGCGGAUGCAGCAGAAGGCGGAGCAAGAACAGGCUCGCCUGGAAGCUCAGAAGAAAGCUGAGAAGGCACAAAAGAGAGCAGAGGAGCUGAGAAAGAAAGCUGAAAAGGCGAAGAAGAAAGCUGAAGCCAAGCUGGAGAAGCUGAAGGCGAAGCAGGAGAAGCAACGCGUCAAAGAGGAGCAAAAGGCUGCCAAGCUGAAGGAAGAGCUGCACGAGGCAGCAGACGCAGCAGUCAAGGCGGAAGAAGAAGAAGAGCUCAAGAAGCCCAAGCCCAAACAGGAUCUGAGGGUCAAGAAAGAAGUGAAAGAAGAUACCCGGGAGGAGCGCCAGAGAGACGCCCGCGGCCGGAGCGACAGCCGUGACGCCCGGUAUCGCGGUGGCCGCGACCGGUCCUACAGCAGGGAACGUGGCCAGCGCGAGGAGCGGCGUGAAGACCGCGGCGAGCGCCGGGAUCGACGUGACCGGGAGCCUCGUGCGCCUGCGCGGGAGCUCCGUCGGGGACGAAGCGAGUCCUCAUGUUCUUCAUCGGAAGGCUCUUCCAGUGAUAGUUCCUCUGGAUCCGAGUCUUCAGCCAAACCACGUGCAAGAAAAGACCGAGACAGAGGCCAAACAGCGAGAAAUGCAGAAACGCAUUGUCCCCAUGCUUUGUCUAAGCAGAAAUGCUGGCUAAAGCAAGAACUUUGGAUACCUGGAAGGUGCCAAAGGCAAAGAGGAGGCUGGGAGAGGAUGUUUGAUGUAAACAGAAAGCAAGAAUGUGUUCUUUUGUAUUGUGCUGUUGCAGGCCGCCAAAGAGGCUCCCAAGAAGAAAAAGGAGGCCGAUGCCCCAGCACCUGCAAAGAAGCGGAAAUCAGAGGCUGA